AUGCGAAUGCUGCUGACGGCAGGAGCGGCAUCGAACUGGCCUGAGCCUGACCAAUUGGCCCGGCCGACAAGCGCCAUGCGCGAGCCGAGCAAAGGCAAAAACUCCUUAUCCCGAUCCGCAUUCUUCAACAAGCAAGGUGGGGGCGUCAUUGGACUCAAGUCGCUCGAAGACGACAAGAAGCAGCAGAUGAGUGCCAUCAGGCGGAAGCAGCUGGCACUGAAGCGACAGCAGGUGCCAGUCGGGCCGGGCAUCCUGACAGCGGCGGAUCCUUUUUUCUGGUUCUGCCACGGGGACUUCUACCUGUACACCUUUCCCGCCAAUCAAGUGCCGCGCAGUUUCUUGCAAGAUCCAACAGCAGUGACUUGCCGCUAUGCAGACUUCGUGUCCCGCAGUGGAACGCCAGCCAGGCCGUGCCAGCGCAGCUACAUGCCCCCCACCCAGGACGCGCCGCCAAGCAGCUGCCUGUGUCAGCCUACGGACAUGACAGAUCAUCUGAGGAAGCGCUGGGAGGUGCCAGUCGUUUUCCCAGAUGAGCAACGGCUUCUGCUAGGCGACUCGGGCUGGUUCCCGGGUGCUUUGGGCUUCCGCUUUGUCUUCGAGGCAUCCACCGAGAAUGUGGAGCGAUACGUGCUGCUAGAUACCAUGCCGCAGGCUUCGCUUGUUUACAUGCAGCACGUGUGGCGGCCAGACAAGAAGAGCUCGAAAGUCAAUCCCAAAGAGUCCAGACGUGCCACAGCUGCGACAUCAUGUGGCGCCCAAGCACUUUGCCGCGUGGAAACAGAGCAAUGGAUCUGGCUAGCCGAGGUGAGAAGGGCGCCUACAAAUCCAGGCUAG